UACCCGGCUGCGACAACGCGGCUAGACAGCAUAAUAUUCUGGUAGGUCCUAAGGAAGUUGAGAAAAUUCUGCCUUCGUAGGUGAUUCUGGGUGAACACAGUGCGUGCACUUCGUUGUCCAUGUCUUUGUGUGGGCAAGGAGCUGAACUAAUGCAAUCGAUCUCAACCGCACGGAGGGUUGUAAUAUAUAACGACUACUUUGGCUCGGAGCUGUGCCAAUGUUUCGAUCUUGCGUGCUCUGAUUAUACUAUGCCAUUCGAGGAGACGAGCAAUGACUUCCGCGUAUCUGCGUGGAAUCUGGUCUCUGGUUGAGGUGCGCAGUGCUCUGUCGCUUGUUUGCUUGUCCACUUGUCUUCCUG